AUGUCCGGAAAAGGAAAAGGAGGUCGCGGAGAGAAGAAGAGCACUACCGCCAGUGCCAAGGCUGGACUUCAGUUCCCUGUUGGUCGUAUCGGUCGUUACCUGCGUCAAGGCAAAUAUGCUACCCGUAUGGGUGCUGGAGCCCCUGUGUACCUCGCGGCUGUGCUAGAAUACCUCUGCGCUGAGAUCUUGGAGUUGGCUGGCAAUGCUGCGCGUGACAACAAGAAGAGCCGCAUUGUGCCCCGUCAUAUCACUCUUGCCGUGAAGAAUGAUGAAGAGUUGAACAAGCUGCUUGGAGGUGUGACGAUUGCCAGUGGUGGUGUUCUUCCCAACAUCCAUGCCGUCUUGCUUCCCAAGAAGAGCGGAAAGUAG